CAUUACAUAGGAAGCUGCAAGACCAACAGAAGCAAGGAAUAAUGAAGACUUUGCGGUUCAUCUGUGCCCAAGCACUGGUAUCAAAUGCCCAGGUAGCCCGGAGAAGUAUUGGUUUUGUGGCACAAAAUCUGUACCCUUUGCUCUUCAAAGCAAGCUACAUGCUGGAGCAGUACACAGUGAUUCAUAGCUUAGUAGAAAAGUGGCCGUUGUCAGAAUUCAGCAUCAAGAAGCUCCUGGGAAGAACAGCGGACUGUGAGGAAGAUCUCUGCGACAGUACCUGCCAACUCUGCUUGCAAGCAUGUUUCACAGGGCUGAAGAGUUAUGUUUUACAUAGUUCAGUGACAUAUUCAAAGCGGCUGAAGAAGUUUGAUCUAACAGGCCUUGCUGAUGUGGAAUUUCAGGCCUGCAGAUGUGGCAAAACUUUGGGGAGAUGGGGAAGAACUGAGCUGAUGGCAAGGACCUGUUUUGACUUGCUAGUGGAGAUAGAGGCUGCUUGUCUUGGUCCUUUGGUGUCCGAUAUUUCAAUUGAGGUAUUAAUAAGCAUGUUUGUGACAGAGCGGAACUAUGAAACAGUGGUGGAGGCCUUUUUAUUGAGGAAGCAGUGUCCACUGAAGAUCUCAUGCAUUGAGCUCAGGGUGGACAGUUUGACUUUGAAGAAAUUCUUCUACAUAAUCAAACUAGUUAAGCCUGAGACUCUGCAGAAGUUGGAAUUAGUUCACAAUAUUCACAUGGAAAUGGAGCAUUUUGAAUUCCUCUUGAGCCAAGUUCCAUUCCCACAGCUCCGAUCACUGACACUCCCAGCAAGAACCUUUGAUGUACGUAGAAUGACUCCUGAGAAUGAAUCUCUGUUGGUGAGAAUUGGUGAGAUGCUCAGUGGAAUGAAAUUUCUUACAGAGCUGAGCUUGGCCUUUUCAGUUCUGACUGGACGAAUACGCAAGAUACUCAGUCCUUUAAAAACUCCUCUGCGGUCUCUGGAUGUGUCCAGUUGUUGUCUGAAUCAUGUAGACAUGGCAUAUCUGGCCAACAGUCUUCAUGCUGAAUAUCUGGAGGUGCUGGACAUGAGUGGCCACAGUAUUGUUGACUUCUUCCCUUCAACCUUCUUCAAGCUGCUUACCCGGGCAUCUGGCACUCUGAGGAGCCUAACACUGGAGGAGUGCAACAUCGGUGAUGAACACAUCCAUCUAUUGAUGCUGGCCUUAGACCCCUGCAAAAGGUUAACAGAGUUUAGGUUCCUGGGGAACCCGCUCACAUCAAGAUCCCUUUAUCGUAUCUUUGAAGUGCUUACAGAGCUCCCUGUGCUUUGUAAAGUUGAGGUUCCUGUCCCUAGGGACUGCUAUCCUGCAUCCUAUACUUAUCCACUCUCGGAUGAAAACCUGGUGAAAUACGACAGGGAGAAGUUUGAGGAGAUACACCACGAAUUGAUGAUGAUAUUGCUGCAGGCCAAUCGAAAUGAUAUUGCUGUGUCAACUCCAACCUUUGGCAGUUUUGAUCCCAACAUUCGAGAAACCAGCAAUGAGAUCGCUGUUGUAAUGGUUCAAUCAUUCAAAGAUGCUCUCUCCAACAUCUUAACAUCUUUUAAUGAAAAGGAUUAGCACAAAAGUGAAAGUGUAAAGCUUGAUUAUAUUUUAAUCAAGGGGAGAAGAGGAGUUUUAUUUUUCAUAAGUAUAAUGAGAUCAGAACUGAAAUGCAAUACCUGAAAAGUUGUUGGGCUUUCUUGCAAUAAUUUCUCCCAGAAGGACAUGGACAUAUUUGAAUAGGAAAAAUAUGACUGGAAUACAGAAACAAAAGGCUAACAAGAUUAAUAAUCUUCUCUCCAGCCUUGUCCAUCACUAGAAUCAGAAAAAUUGAAAUUAGCCAGCCAACCAUAGAACCAAGGACAGAAGGUAACCAACAAUCAUCCAGACAUUAUUCCUACUUGUUAUUUUUAUUGUCGUUUGAAGGGACAAUGCUAUCUGUCAAUGUGUAACUAAAUUACAUUUGUUCCCUUUCUAUCUCUUCUGGCAAAACACCGAAAGUCAGAAGAAAGGCUGAUUAGACAACUGAAGUGACUGGAAAUUAAGGUUCAGAUAAGGACAACCAACUUGGAUUAGGUCUUCCAAACUGUACCAGCCAUUGCUAAUGUAAAAUGUUACACUGUAGAAAGACUACACAAGAAAUUAUAAAGUAAAUGUUAUUCUCUGGUCAUCCUGCACUGCUUAUAGUUUUCUAAUACUAAUCCUAAUACUGCAUUGAUUAUGAUAAUCACGUCCAUUUGAAUAUCACAUGAAGUCAAAGAUAGCAAGGAAUUGAAAAACUGUGUGAACAAAGCACAAUGGAACAUCUGUAAAUCAUUAGACUUUGUACUAAAUAUAUGAAAUAUUAAAAGCCUUAUACAGCUGCUUCAUACGGUCUUCACAUGCUCUUACUUUAUACUUUAUACUGUAUUGUCGCCAAACAAUUGAUACUAGAACGUACAAUCAUCGCAGCGAUAUUUGAUUCUGCACUUCCCGCUCCCGGAUUACAAAUCAAUAGUAAAUAUUAAAAAUUUAAAUUAUAAAUCAUAAAUAGAAAAUAGAAAAAUGGAAAGUAAGGUAGUGCAAAAAAACCGAGAGGCAGGUCCGGGUAUUUGGAGGGUACGGCCCAGAUCCGGGUCAGGAUCCGUUCAGCAGUCUUAUUCAGCAGUGGAAAGAAGCUGUUCCCAAAUCUGGCCGUACGAGUCUUCAAGUUCCUGAGCCUUCUCCUGGAGGGAAGAGGGACGGAAAGUGUGUUGGCUGGGUGGGUCGUGUCCUUGAUUAUCCUGGCAGCACUGCUCCGACAGCGUGCGGUGUAAAGUGAGUCCAAGGGUGGAACUACUACUACUACUUUUAAAAGCUAGUAUUUUUAUUUAUUUUAUGAUUGGGUCACUGAUAUAUAAACCACCUGAUGGCAGGAGCAACAAGUAGAACGUCAGUCCCCCAGUAUUAACAUUCACCAUUUGUUCCCCUAGUCAGAGCUAACCCAGAUGCAAAUCCAAAUUCCCAGUUUCACAUCAGCGGUAAGGAUGUGGUUAACUUAUAUUAGUGAC